AUGCCUUUCUUCUCCCGUCACACCGAGCCCGAAGAGGAGGCCGUCCCCGUCGAGACACACCGUCCCAUCGAGGAGGAGCGCCCAAAGCGUGGCCUGUUCGGCUCCAUGCGCCGUGAUCCAUCACCAACUCCUACGACCUCCACCAACAGCACACGCUUUACCUCCUCAACUUAUCACACCACCCCUACGAAUGACCACUCGUCCGGUCUAUUCCGCCGAUCCACCGACGCUGGCAGCAGCCGUCGAUCCGGCCUGCUACACAAAUUCGGCAACGGCAGUGAGGAGAUGGACCCAUCCAUUGUCCAGGCUCGUGAGCGUGUGCUGAGCGCCGAGGCUGCUGAGCGGGAGGCCGACCGUGUCCUCGAUAUCGCCAGACGUGAGGUCCGAGAGGCCCGUGAUCAGGUCCGCAAGCUAGAGCUUGAGGCUAAGGAGGAGGCUCGACGAGCCAAGAUCAAGCAGUUUCAUGCUAAGGAAGUGUCGAAGCGCGGAAAGGCUCUUGGACGCCACGAUGUCUAA